UGCAAUCUCGGAGCCAUUGAGCUCUGGACUACAGAAGCAGCACUUGUUAGGAUAUAGACUAAGAAUGCCUCUACUACAGGACAUCCUGAAGGGGGUUCCAUGUGGAGUUAAAUGAUCUGGGCAGGGUGUUGUCAGAGACUGGACAGAUUUCCCAGGGGAGAGGAAAAACUGGUGCAGCAGGUGUCUUCACAAGCGCUCUGUGUAUUGGUAAAUAACAUGUAGCAGCACAUCUCUGUGUCCAAGCACAUGAACGUAUGUAUUUGUCGGAAAUAUUAUUGUAUGAUUUUGCAUUCCCCCUUUUCAUUUCCCUUCGGUAAUGCUAACCAUUCCCAGUUCUCCUCAUAGGUCGCAGGCUGCAACAGCGGCCAUAAAUCAAAUGUCUGAUAAGCGCUCUGACACUUGGAAUCCUCCUCCUGCAGCUGCACUGCCUCUCCACUUCUCCUCUGAUGAAGCUUCUAUUCCACCUGCACUUCACUGCAACACUUUAUCUGAGGGAGGGAGGGGAUAUGGUCUAAGACGUUCAGUCAUGGAGGUCAUGUGUAGGAGACGCAGUGUGGCUCAGGGACCAGGUGGUGGCGCCAGUGACGGAGGAGCUGGUGUUCCGGUGGGGCCAUGCUGCCCAUACUGGUGCCCUGUGCAGGACACACGGGGCCAUCUUCAUAGCACCAUUGUUCUCCGGUGUCGGUAUGGCAACCAGGAUUUCAAAAUCUUAUUUGCACCACGUCAUAGAGCAACGGCGCCUCCACAAAGAGAGUAUGAGUGUCAUUCUCCUGGUGGCAGGUCAGUCGACUUACAAUCCUCCGCUCAAGGAUCAUCCCAUUGUGAUAAAGCGUUGCUGUGCCAGUGUGCUGCUGGUGGCUGCCCUGUCACCUGUGGCAGUGAAGGCGUGGACACAUCGGGCUGAAAUCAGGGGUUAUUGGAGUUUCUUUAAUGUAGUUUGCUCCACCUCGAGUUAUUAUUAGCUGUGCAGUGAGCCAAACACACUUAAAAUAAAAGUUCAAGACACUUUUCUGGAAUUGGUUGUGAAACUGUGAAAGCAUUAUGGGAGAGUCCAUUUUAUUUUAAUUUUUAAUGAACACAUGCCCCUGUCUGCUGCCACUCUCCUCCUGCCCACCGGAUGUCCCCCAACUUUCCUCCCUGACUCCACCCACCCACCUCACCUGUCUCUCAUUCCCGUAUCAGCUCACAGCACAAAUAACAGCCAUCUUCUCCCAGUCAUUCCAUCUUCAUCCCUGUUUGUGUUUCUGCCGGUGUAUCUGCCUGAAAACAGACACGCCAACUGUUUCCACCUGGCUCCUCUGUGCCUGCAUUUUGUUUCUCCAUCCCGAUGCCUCAUGUCAACUGUCAUCGAUCAACUUCAUGUUUAACAUUUCACUCUCACAAACGGCUUUGGCAGACAGCAUUUUGUGAACAUUAUAAAAGCUGAGCAGGUUACAUACAUCAGUGAAUAUACAGACCUUUUUGACCACAGAAGUAUAAAAUAGCAAGGAAGUGUAAACACAAACAUUUAUUUCCAUUUCCUUUUAAUGCCUGAUCUGUAUAAAAAGUAUCUGAGUAACUUAGGAAUGGACUUUAUUUCAUGGCUGGUGUUGCUCCGAGAGAAUUAGCUUCCAAUUCUCAAAUGCCAACCUCAAAGGUCUCCUCUGCAGGGACCUGAAAAUGUAGUUUUCAGGUAUCAAGUGUUUUGUUUAUUGGCAGGUGCCAAUUAACAUCAAAGCGCACCACCCAAAUCUCCUUCUACCAUAUGUGAUACAUGGACUCAAGAAGAAAACUCAAUGA